UACAGAUCCCUCACAACUAAUGGACUAACCAAAGAAGACUCUCGUCAACCCAGAAACUAAUGCUUAUAACUUGAGUGGAAAGACUCAUCCAAAAACAUCAGUUUUCGUUGCCAAAAUAUAUUUGAAGAGAUUUGAUGUUGUGGAAGUACAUGCAUUGGGGGACACAAUCUCAAAGGCAGUGAGAAUGGCUGAAUAACUUCAAAGACAGAAUUAUGUAACUAUUGAGAAAAUCAAUACAUUCACUCAGAAAUUUGAGGAUAACAGAUCCAAAGUCAAGAUUAUUGUUACCCUAAAAGUGACUGCUGAUGGAAAAAGGAGAGUCAACGAGGAGAUAAAAUAAUGAUAUUCAUAUAAAUAAAUAAUAAAAAGUGUAUAUGUUGUCACCUC